AUGUCAGAUUCGGACAUUAAUUCGCGACCUGCUUCACUGGCCCCCGAAGAUGGAAACGGUGAAGCGGGCUCGCCCGAUCGCGAAGACAAUACCAAUCCAACUCCCGCAGUUGAUGCUGAUGCGGACCUCGACGACGACGCAGCCUCGGAUCUAUCUGAAGUCGAUGAAGCUGAGUUUGACGAUUUUGAUCCUACCACGGUGGCACUCGAGGAUAGGCCUGCAAUAGAAAUCGAUGAAGAUGCCGCGAAAUCCCUUAGAGCUAAGAAACGUGGCACCGCCGAAGGUAAAAAACCGAAGGAGGGAAAGAGGGAAAAAAAGAAAAGACGUCGCGAUGACGACGAAGAUCCGGAUGGAGAGCGUAUAGAGGGUAAGAGGGUCAGAAAACCUAGAUCUGAUGGUGAACGAAAAGGCAGAGAUGGAGGGGGGUCGAAAGAGAAGAGUCGCCCUGCUGUAGAGAAUGAGGAAAACGUGUCGCCCGAGGAGAGGCGGAAAAGAGCCUUGGAUAAGCAAAUGGACAUGGCAUUGAAGAACCCAAACAAAAGACGACGGAAGAAGGACGAGGUCGACCUUGAAGAGGCAUUCGAUGAAGAGAUAGCAGGGCUUAAGAUUCGCAUGGAGCAGGCUUGUGUAGCUGACAAUCAGGCCCGAGAAAAGAACCAACCUGCAAUUCACAAACUUAAAAUGCUUCCAGAAGUGGUCGGCCUUCUGAGUCGAAACACAGUACAGCACUCGAUUGUGGAUCCUGACACAAAUUUCCUCCAGUCCGUCAAAUACUUCCUCGAGCCAUUGUCAGACGGCAGCCUUCCGGCGUACAACAUCCAGCGCGACCUUUUCUCAGCACUCACUCGACUGCCCAUCGAGAAGGAAGCGUUAUUGAGUAGUGGCAUCGGAAAAAUUGUGCUGUUCUACACAAAGAGCAAGAAGCCUGAGAUUGGGGUGAAGAGAACGGCUGAACGGCUAUUAGGAGAAUGGUCGCGGCCGAUCUUGAAGAGAAGCGAUGAUUUCAAGCAACGAAAAGUUGUCACGAGAGAAUUUGAUCACCAAGCUGCUCAACUUGCACUUCGUCCUUCUGGUCCUCAGGCUUCACAGCAACCUGCUACACAGCGAGCAGGGAUGUCGCAGCGUGAGAUAGAACGAGAGAGACUACUUGCUCAACCAAUCAGAAGCAACAGAGCUAGACUGGAGACAUCUAAUACUAGUUAUACGGUUGCACCGCGUAGUACAUUCGAUCCGACGAAAGGCUUGGAUCCUAUGUCAAGACCUAUUGGAGCUGGUGGUAUGGAGGCUUUCAGGAAAAUGACUGCUAAGCAGGGGAAAAAACGAGGCUGA